UGAACGCAGUGAGGAGAGCAGAUCCAGCCCCGCCGCCGCGUUACGUCAGUGCACACUGGUGCUUCACAACGUUCCGGAGAGCAGCUUCCUCAAAAGUGGCGCCCCUUUUCCCUCCCGGCUAGUAACUUCAACCUGGUGAUGACACUCUUCUAGGACGAAUUCAAAUUUACUCCUGAUCCUGAUGACAAGCCAUGGAGCAACAGUCAGUGAAUGGUAGUGUCUAGAAAGGGUAUGUCCCUUCAGGAGAGAGGUGCCAAUGUCCAACCGGCCUAAUUCCAAUCCAGGGGGGUCACUGCGCCGUUCACAGAGGAACACUGCUGCGGCCCAGCCACAAGACCACACUGUAGCAGGAAGGUUGCAGUCAGAGCAAGUUAAACAUAAAGCAAAUUCCCCUCCUGAAAGUAGAAGAUCUAGUUCUAAGGCUUCCAAAGCCACAUCCAGUACAGCCACUGGCCCAUCCAGAGGGCACAGCUCCCGAAGAAGCGGUCCGACUUUGUCUUUGGCUUCAUUUGUUCUGCAAGACGACGCAGAAGCUGCAGGGACAUCUGAACCAGAGCAAGCAGGUCAUCAGUCUGAAAGUGACGUCACCCGAGGGCUAAAACAAAGUGAAGUUCCUGACCAAAUCAGCACUUUGGGACCGACCCCUGCCAAAAAGCCCAAAUUGCGCCCAACACCCCGAGACAGUACCUCAGAGGUCAAGAAAGGCACAGCGAAGUCCAAGAGACCACUUGCUCCAGGGCCUCCUGCACCAUCAGGUCGGGGCCAGAGUAAGAAGACUGGGGCCACUGCGGCCUCACUAGCUCAGAAACGGAAGAAAGCGGACUCUGUCCUGAGUCAAAGUAGUGCCACUGGGUCCCUCCCCAAUCGUACAGAUAGCAGGACUGCAAAACCCACCAAGCUGGCGUCUAAAUCGGCCGCCUCAGCCAAAGCUGGGUGUAGCAACGUGACAGACUCCUCUUCUGCUUCCUCCUCUUCCUCUUCUUCGUCCUCUUCAACCACAGGCACAAACAGCACCAACACACAGGGUGCUAGAGUCAAACAGGGGAAGGACCAGACCAAGGCACGUCGUUCACGUUCAGCCUCAAGUCCAUCUCCACGUCGUAGUACCCGUGAAAAGGAGCAGGCUAAGGCUGCCAGCUCUUCCAAGUUUGAGUGGGCAGCAAGAUUUAACCCAAAAGUCAACCUGCCAAAACCUAAACUGUCCCUGCCCGGUUCCUCCAAAACCGAGACCUCCAAGCCUGGGCCAUCGGGAUUACAAGCUAAAUUAGCAAGUCUAAGAAAAUCCACAAAGAAGCGCAGCGAGUCUCCUCAAGCAGAGCUCCCCAGCUUUCGGCGGAGCACACGCCAGAAGACCACGGGCUCCUGUGCCAGCACCAGUCGGCGGGGCUCAGGCCUGGGCAAGCGCGGGGCAGCUGACGCUCGCCGACAAGAGAAAAUGGCAGACUCUGACAAUAAUCAGGAGGGGGCCAACUCAUCAGCAGCUCGCACUGAUGAGGCAUCUCAAGGGGCGUCUGCUUCCAGCUCAGUAACUGGAGCAGUUGGCAUGACGACCUCUGGAGAGAGUGAGUCAGAUGACUCUGAAAUGGGCAGACUUCAAGCCUUGCUGGAAGCCAGGGGUCUUCCUCCACAUCUAUUUGGACCUCUCGGUCCCCGCAUGUCCCAGCUGUUUCAUAGGACCAUUGGCAGUGGGGCCAGCUCCAAGGCUCAGCAGUUGUUGCAAGGCUUGCAGGCCACAGGUGACGAGUCUCAGCAGCUACAGGCUGCCAUUGAGAUGUGCCAACUGCUGGUGAUGGGCAAUGAAGAAACUCUUGGUGGAUUUCCUGUCAAGAGUGUGGUGCCUGCUCUGAUUACACUGUUACAAAUGGAACAUAACUUUGAUAUUAUGAAUCAUGCCUCUCGUGCUCUCACGUACAUGAUGGAGGCGCUCCCUCGAUCCUCUGCCGUGGUAGUGGAUGCUAUUCCUGUCUUCCUGGAGAAGCUUCAGGUCAUCCAGUUCAUUGACGUAGCAGAGCAGGCCUUGACUGCCCUUGAGAUGCUGUCAAGGCGACACAGCAAAGCCAUUUUGCAGGCUGUAAUUUUGCAGGGAGGACUUGCUGAUUGUCUCCUGUACCUUGAGUUCUUCAGCAUUAACGCACAGAGGAACGCCUUGGCUAUUGCAGCAAACUGUUGCCAGAGUAUCACACCAGACGAGUUUCAUUUUGUCGCAGAUUCUUUACCACUGUUGACUCAGAGGCUCACACAUCAGGAUAAGAAAUCUGUGGAAAGCACUUGUCUGUGUUUUGCCCGACUGGUGGACAACUUUCAGCAUGAGGAGAACCUGCUCCAAGAAGUGGCUUCACAAGACCUGUUGACCAAUAUCCAGCAACUCCUGGUGGUGACUCCCCCUGUUCUGAGCUCAGGGAUGUUCAUCAUGGUUGUGCGGAUGUUUUCCCUCAUGUGUUCGAAUUGUCCCUGCCUAGCGGUCCAACUUAUGAAGCAAAACAUUGCAGAAACACUGCGAUUCCUCUUGUGUGGUGCAUCAAAUGGCAGCUGCCCAGAGCAGAUUGAACUGGUACCCCGAAGCCCCCAGGAGCUCUAUGAAUUGACUUCCCUCAUAUGUGAGUUGAUGCCAUGCCUACCAAGGGAAGGCAUCUUUGCCGUAGAUUUAAUGCUGAAAAAGGGCAGUGCCCAGGCAACCGAAGGUGCAAUUUGGCAAUGGAGGGAUGAUCGGGGUCUGUGGCAUCCCUACAAUCGAAUUGACAGUCGAAUCAUUGAGACAGCCCACCAGAAUGGUGAAGAUGAGAUCAGCUUGUCAACACUGGGUCGUGUGUAUACAAUUGACUUUAACUCUAUGCAGCAGAUCAAUGAAGACACAGGAACGGCACGUGGCAUCCAGAGGAAGCCUAAUCCUCUUGCCAACCCUAAUACAGGGAGUCACCAGGAUGUUCGCAGAGAAGAUGCUCGUGCCCAGCUAAUGAAGGAUGACCCUGAUCUAGCAAAGUGCUUUAUCAAAACUUUGUUCGGGGUCUUGUAUGAAGUGUAUAGCUCGUCUGCUGGCCCAGCUGUUCGACACAAGUGCCUUAGAGCAAUCCUCAGGAUCAUCUUCUUUGCUGAUGCUGACUUGUUGAAGGAUGUGCUGAGGAACCAUGCUGUAUCCAGUCACAUUGCCUCCAUGCUAUCCAGUCAGGACCUGAAGAUUGUCGUAGGUUCUCUUCAGAUGGCUGAAAUCCUCAUGCAGAAGCUGCCUGAUGUUUUCAGUGUCUAUUUCAGAAGAGAAGGUGUAAUGCACCAAGUAAAGAACUUGGCUGAAUCUGAGAGCUUACUCGUCACAAGUCCUCCUAAGGCCUGUCCUAGUGGUACUACAAGUUUGUGCACAACCACGAUCAGCACCGCAUCUACCACGUCGGCUAAUAAUGCAACCCCUGAUUUGGGGUCGCCCAGCUUCCAGCACAGCAUGGACGACUCCCUGGACCUCAGCCCCCAGGGACGGUUAAGUGAUGUCCUUAAGAGAAAACGGCUACCUAAAAGGGGGCCCAGGCGGCCCAAAUAUUCUCCCCCUAGAGAUGACGAAAAAGUAGACAAUCAGGCUAAAAGCCCUACUAGUACUCAGUCUCCCAAAUCCUCCUUCUUGGCCAGUCUUAAUCCGAAGAGUUGGGGCAAGCUUGGUGCUCAGACCAACAAUGCCAACUCUGAGCCCUCACGCACAGCAGGGGUGAGUGGUUUGGCCAGAGCCCCUCCCAAGGACUCCAUUUCUAAUAACAGAGAUAAAAUUAAAGCCUGGAUUAAAGAACAAGCAAGCAAGUUUGUGGAACGCUACUUCAACUCAGAAAACGUAGACGGCAACAACCCUGCAUUGAAUGUACUCCAGAGACUUUGCACAGCCACUGAGCAACUGAACCUUCAGGUGGAUGGAGGUUUGGAGUGUCUGGUUGAAAUUUCCAAUAUUGUAUCGGAGUCGGAUGUGUCAUCAUUUGAGAUACAGCACAGCGGUUUGGUGAAGCAGCUCCUUGUUUAUCUGACCUCCAACAAUGACAGAGACCUGCUCUGUCGCGACAUGCGGCUCAGAAGAUUUCUUCAUAUCUUUGCUGGCUGCCCGGUUCCUGGAAUGGAGCCUUUAAGUUGUCUGGACCCAACAGAGAAUGGGCCAUACCUGGCGCUGGUUCAUAAGAUGAACAGCUGCUUAAGCCAAAUGGAGCAAUUUCCUGUCAAAGUCCACGACUUUCCCAGUGGCAACGGCAAUGGGAGCAGGGGCUCCCAGGCACUUAAAUUCUUCAACACGCACCAGCUCAAGUGUCAGCUGCAAAGACACCCAGAUUGCACUAAUGUAAAGCAGUGGAAAGGUGGCCCUGUGAAAAUCGACCCGCUGGCUCUCGUACAAGCCAUCGAGAGAUAUCUUGUGGUCAGAGGCUAUGGCAGAAUCAGAGAAGAAGAUGAGGACAGUGAUGAUGACGGCUCAGACGAUGAAAUAGAUGAAUCGUUGGCGGCUCAGUUCCUAAAUUCUGGGAGCGUACGUCACAGACUGCAGUUCUACAUUAGUGACCACCUGUUGCCGUACAACAUGACAGUUUACCAGGCUGUGAGACAGUACAGUCUGCAAGCAGAGGAAGAGAGAGAGUCAACGGAUGACGAGGCGAACCCUCUUGGGCGAGCGGGCAUCUGGACCAAAACGCACACUAUAUGGUAUAAACCUGUGAGAGAGGACGAAGAUGGCAGCAAGGACGCUGUGGGUGGAAAGAGGGGCAGGGCCCAGACUGCUCCGACCAAAACCUCACCACGCAAUGCUAAGAAGCAGGAUGAGCUAUGGCAUGAUGGUGUGUGCCCCAGCAUCAUCAAUCCUCUAGAAACAUACCUCACUUCAGAUCCACCAGAGACCAUAACAUUUGAUGACCCCUCUUUGGAGGUCAACCUGCUGCUGAGGGUGCUACACUCAAUCAGUAGAUACUGGUUCUACUUGUAUGAUAAUGCUGCUUGUAAGGAAAUAAUCCCCACCACUGAGUUCAUAAACAGCAAGCUGACCGCCAAAGCCAACCGUCAGCUGCAAGACCCUCUGGUCAUUAUGACGGGGAACAUUCCCACCUGGCUAAUUGAGCUGGGAAAGACUUGUCCUUUCUUCUUCCCGUUUGACACCCGGCAGAUGUUGUUCUAUGUAACUGCCUUUGAUCGAGACCGAGCCAUGCAACGUUUACUGGACACCAACCCUGAGAUAAACCAGUCAGACUCUCAGGACAGCAGAGUUGCACCACGCCUCGACAGGAAAAAGAGGACAAUAAACCGGGAGGAGCUGCUCAAGCAGGCAGAGUCUGUGAUGCAGGAUCUCGGAAGCUCCAGAGCCAUGUUGGAGAUUCAGUAUGAAAACGAGGUUGGCACAGGUCUCGGUCCAACUCUGGAGUUUUAUGCUCUAGUUUCACAAGAGCUACAGCGAGCUGAUCUGGGCUUGUGGAGGGGUGAAGAGGUGACUCUGGCCAACCCUAAAGGAAGCCAAGAAGGAACCAAGUACAUGUUUAGCUCCAGAGGGCUUUUCGCUGUUCCCUUUGGACGAACAACCAAACCAGCACACAUAGCCAAAAUCAAAAUGAAGUUCCGGUUCUUGGGAAAGCUCAUGGCCAAAGCAAUCAUGGACUUCCGACUGCUUGAUCUGCCUCUGGGGCUGCCAUUUUACAAGUGGAUGCUCCGGCACGAGCUGUCGAUCAGCUCCCAUGACCUGGUCAACAUCGAUCCAAGUGUGGCUCGCUCCAUCCAGCACUUAGAGGAUAUUAUCCGCCAAAAGAAAAGGCUGGAACAGGAUCGAUCGCAGACGAGGGAGACCCUCCAGCAGGGCUUGGAGAGCCUCAACAUGAACGGCUGCUCAGUGGAGGACCUCGGGUUGGACUUCACCCUCCCAGGAUUCCCUAACAUCGAGCUGAAAAAGGGAGGGAAGGAUGUUCCCGUCACCAUCUACAACCUAGAGGAGUACCUGAGGUUGGUGGUGUACUGGACUCUAAAUGAAGGCGUGUCCAGACAGUUCGAGUCAUUUCGGGAAGGAUUUGAGUCCGUCUUCCCUCUGCAUCACCUGCAGUAUUUCUAUCCAGAGGAGCUUGACCAGUUGCUGUGUGGUAGUAAAUCCGAGACGUGGGAUGUAAAGACGCUCAUGGAGUGUUGUCGGCCAGACCAUGGAUACACUCAUGACAGCCGCGCAGUUCGUUUCCUCUUCGAAGUGUUGAGCAGUUUUGAUGCCGAGCAGCAGAGGCUGUUUUUACAGUUUGUCACAGGGAGCCCCAGACUGCCUGUUGGAGGUUUCCGGAGUCUGAAUCCUCCGUUAACGAUUGUGAGGAAGACGUUUGAGUCGACAGAGAACCCGGACGACUUCCUCCCUUCAGUCAUGACCUGCGUCAACUACCUGAAGCUGCCUGACUACUCCAGCAUAGAGAUCAUGCGAGAGAAACUGUUGAUCGCGGCUCGCGAGGGCCAGCAGUCUUUCCACCUUUCCUGAUCUCUCCACAGCUCACAUUCAAAUGCCUUCUUCAGCAACUGAUGACAUCACGACUUCCUCCUUUAGUUUUUUGUAAUCGCAUACUUUGAGGCUAAUGUGUACAGCCUUCUCAUCAGAGAAUACAGCUUGCUGAGAAAUUCAGACUUAAAUAUAUAUAUUUGCUGGCCCUGACUCUAAAAAAAAAAUAAAAUGUGGAAAAAAGGAAAGGCGUUCCAUGACGACGAGAAAAAAAAAAGUUAAAAGUGAGAGUGAGUUAUAUUAGUAGUGGAGUAAUGUUAAAAAAGAAGAAAUCAUCUGGGUGAGAUUUUGAAUUGCAUUGCUAUGUGAUAUUUAAAAAGAAAACAAACAAAAAAAAGGGAUUUCUCUCCUCCACAGUGGUGGACAUUAUCACCGGGUUUGGGGGGAGGAAGAGGGUUGGGGUCCAUCGAGCAAGCUAGGUUUACUUUAGUUCCAAAGAUCAUUUGUACAGACAAAUUUGCAGAUUUUGCUCAUUCUACACAUUUGAUAGAAUAGAUAUUUGUUCUCAUGUCUUCUCCCUGCAGUUUGUUUGUUGACAUUUUUUUCUGUAUUAUAUGCCCCAGUUUGUGUGUUGCAUUUAAGUUCCCCCUCCUUCCUGUGUGUCUUUGCUUCAAAUGGAAACGAGAGUUGCAGUUGGUUGAAUGUGGGUAGUGAUGAGCGCAUAUAAUAUAAUUUUUCUUUCUCUGUUCCUGGAGCUGAGAUUGCUCACUUGAAGAGUUGUAACCAAUGUGUUGGUCAGGUAAUUGUUUUUCUUGUUUUGGUUUUUUUUUCCCUUUUUUUUUUUUGUUUUGUUUGACAGUUGGCGUCUUUCUGUUGAGGCCCUACUGAUUGUGUGAGGUGAUCUCUAGACCAGGCUCUAUAGCAACCCUCAACACGUAUGUAGCUGGGCCAAGUUUCAUUUCAACACAAGUUUAUAUGCAGUUUCACACCAGUUUAAGGUGUGAAUAUUCUGCUUUAUUUUUUUUUUUUCUAUAUCGUUUUUUUUCUUGCUGUAGUUGAUUUUUUUUUCCUUUGCACUGCUGGCUUGGAACAAACCGUGGUGUGCACCUGCAGUCUGUGGCCAAGGGAGGGCGCCACUGUAUGCUCUCCUGGCCCAAUCGUUAAUGUGCUGGUUUCUAAGAUCUGCAAUAAUUUACUGCAUCAGGUUCAUGUUUUUACCUGAACAUAAAUAAAGUAACUGUUUGACUCGG